AUGUCCUGCAACACCCAGUGCCGUCCUUGCCAGCCCUGUGGCCCCACUCCACUGGCCAACAGCUGCAAUGAGUGCUGUGUCAGGCAGUGCCAGGACUCCACUGUUGUUAUUCAGCCACCUGCUGUGGUGGUGACCCUCCCUGGGCCCAUCCUCAGCUCCUUCCCACAGAACACCGUGGUGGGAUCCUCCACCUCUGCUGCUGUUGGCAACAUCCUCAGCUCUGAUGGAGUUCCCAUCAAUUCUGGGGGCUUUGACAUCUCCUCCAUCACCAGGCGCUACGAUGAGCUUGCUGGGAAAUUGUUACCUCUGCAAAGGCAGCCCCUGCUCCUGCGGCAGUCAAGGGCAGAUAUAAAAGGCAGCACAAAUCUCUGCUCUCUCAUCCCCUUCUCUUGCUUCCUUCUGCUUGGGAACCAGGUGCACCUGCAGCCUCAAGACAUGUCCUGCAACACCCAGUGCCGACCCUGCCAGCCCUGUGGCCCCACUCCACUGGCCAACAGCUGCAACGAGCCCUGUGUCAGGCAGUGCCAAAACUCCACUGUUGUUAUUGAGCCACCUGCUGUGGUGGUGACCCUUCCUGGGCCAAUCCUCAGCUCCUUCCCACAGAACACCGUGGUGGGAUCCUCCACCUCUGCUGCUGUUGGCAACAUCCUCAGCUCUGACGGAGUUCCCAUCAACUCUGGGGGCUUUGACAUCUCCUCCAUCACCAGGCGCUACGGUGGCAACAGAUGUCGUCCCUGCUAA